AUGAUAACCAAAGUGGUACAUAGGAAUCUACUCCAGCUGCAAGGGUUUUGCAUGAGACAAACUGAACGGUUGAUUGUGUAUCCCUAUACGGUCAAUGGCAGUGUUGCAUCCUGUCUACAUGAUCGACCUGAUACACAACCUGCACUUUAUUGGUCGACAAGGAAACGAAUAGCACUGGGAUCCGCAAGGGGCCUUGCUUUUUUGCAUGACCAUUGUGACCCAAAGAUCAUUCAUCGUUAUGUGAAAGCCUCAAGUAUCUUGUUCGAUGAGGAGUUUGUAGCUGUUAUCGGAGACUUUGGGUUGGCUAAACUCAUGGACUACAAUGAUACUCAUGUUACAACACACGCCCGUGGUUUUAUUGGACACAUAGCGCUAAAGCAACGGGCCUAUGAUCGUGCUCGCCUUGACAAUCAUAACGAGAUCCUGUUGCUUGAUUUGGUGAAAAGACUAUUGAAGGAUAAGAAUCUGAAGACAUUGGUCGAUACAGAAUUAGAAGGUAACUACAUGGAGGAUGAAGUGGAAAAGUUGAUACAGAUAGCUGUAUUGUGCACACAAGUCAAACCAAUGGAGCGACCCAAGAUAUCGAAAGUUGUGAAAAUGCUUGAAGGUGAUGGGUUAGCGGAGAGGUGGAAGGAGUGGCACAAAGAGGAGAUUUUGCAACACAAAGACAUCUACACUCACAAUCUGAAUAUCGAUUGUGUUAUUGUGGAUUCAAAUUAUAACCUUAGCAAUGAUCAAUUGUCUGGUGCUAGAUGA